AUGAACCUGUUCUCUACCUCCAUGUUAAAGAGUUAUGUCUCGGUGAUCCAGCAAUGGCUAAAGAGUUGGGUCAUGUCGGGCAGCAACCCAUUCAUACACUCUCAUUUGUAUCGGACUCGAUUUCCAAGUUGCGUCCAAGUUGCCUACACCACUUUAUCAGCUUAUAUUAACAGAACCGAAACCAAUUCGGAAAUCAUCUUGAGGAUAAUAGAGAGUCAAGCGAAUGAAUUGGUGAGCAACCCAGACAUAAGCGUCAACGACGUGCUGGAAUCUCUCGACCCUUUGGAGCAACUAGCUCGAGUCCACGCCUUGAUGGUGUACCAAAUUAUAUGUCUCUUCGAUGGCGAUAUCCGAUCACGCCAUCUCGCUGAAGGCCGCGCCCACAUCUUGGACCGCUGGGUUACGCAGAUGGUCGAAUGUGCCAGUAGCAGUCUGUACCUGCUGUCGUUAACUCUCGAUCCCCCCGAUCUUGUAGGAACCACUGGCCUAGUCGAGCCACCAAACAUGACCGGCGGCACGGAGCAUCUAUGGCACACUUGGAUUCUAGCAGAAAGUAUCCGGCGUACGUGGUUAACAGCUACGGGGCUACAAGCUUUGUAUUUAACACUCCAGCAAGGCUGGGCUUUUUGUCCCGGAGGCAUGAUGUUUACGACACGCCGCGGCGUUUGGGACGCCAAAACGGCUUUUGCAUGGGAGAGACUGUGCUCAGAGACAGACAUUGGAUUUAUUCAGAGAUUUGAAACCGAGAAGCUUUUUACAGAAACCAGUCCUUUAGAUAUUGAUGAUUUUGGGAAGAUGAUACUGGAGAGCACAUAUGGUACAGAACGAAUGGAGCGUUGGACUCAAUGA